CUAAUCCAGUUCCAGACCCCAAGACGGUCCUUUGCGUCUAUUACAAAGCUGGAACAUGUGAUAAAGGGAACAAAUGCAAAUUUAGCCAUGACCUGAACAUCGCUAGAAAGGUGGACAAGAUGGAUCUGUACAGUGACGCCCGAGAAGAUAAGGAGAAUGACACCAUGGAUAACUGGGACGAGGAAAAGCUACGCAAGGUUGUACUAUCAAAGGCAGGAAACCCGAGGACUACAACAGAUAUCGUCUGCAAGUAUUUCAUUGAAGCAAUCGAAACAAGAAACGACUGCAUGUAUCGGCAUGCUCUACCCCCUGGUUUUGUUCUGAAGUCACAGAAGAAAGCUAUGGAGGAAGCUGCCAAGGCCAAUGAGAUUUCAUUAGAGGAGUUCCUAGAAGUCGAAAGACACAAGCUUGGCUCAAAUCUGACACCAGUGACUCCUGAGUCGUUUGCAGAGUGGAAGCGGACACGACUAGACAAGAAGGCAGCUGAAGAGGAUGCAGUGAAAAAGGCGAAAGAGACCCAAAAUGCGGCAGGCAAGGUGAACGGAAUGAGCGGCCGCGACCUGUUCGACUAUCGACCCGAAUGGUUUGCCGAAGAGGAAGACGAGACUGGUUCUGGAGACGAAGGAGAUGACUCGGAUGGUUGGGAUAUAGAGAAGAUGCGGCAGGAGACUAGGGAGGCCCAAGAGCGAGAGGAGGAAACGCGGAUGGAACAGCUGAGACAAGAGUUUGAGCACGUCGAA